UGCACAAACCCCCUAAACCAUGACAACUACCUUUACUUGUCCUAGUUCGUGCAUACCCAGUGGCAGUGGGGAACAGUUCUAGUGAUUCCAAACACGAAGCAAUGGAGGAGCAGCGGCAGUAUUUAGACGAGCAGCUACGGAUUGUCUGCAUUGAUGAUAUCCCACGUGCUAGAAAAGUCUUGCAGGAGCUGCUGGCUGAGAGAGCUGAAAUUAGCCAACAAAUCUCCAGUGCCAGUUCCAGUGGAUCUUCAACAGCACUCGACGCAGCCGUGAACUCGGCCGACAACUAUAUCAAUGAAGUGGACAGAACGGUCAAGGAAUGUACUCAGGUGUCGACCGAGGUAGAGCGCUGUCAGGAGAGUGCAGGAGCGAUGUGCAGCAAGCUGAGCUCUCUGCUGGACCGCGCUCAGCCUCUUCUGCGCUGCCAGCACUACUUGCAGUGGGUGAAAGUCCUGGAUGGAAUAUGCGUUGAGAUCUCAACACAUCAUGGACAGGGUAACACAGCGUCGGCCGUCGACGUCUUCCAUGACCUGUUGAAGUUACAGGAUGCUGCCAGGGAGUCCUGGCUCAGCGAUGCAGGUCAUCUACACAGCUGCAUCGACUCUCAAGCGCAGCACUGGCGUCGCAUCCUUGAGGCUUUGCUGACUAAAGACUUUGAGGAGACACUAAAAGCCCUUCACUGGCCGUUUGUGAGCGGAACUGCUCAGAAGAUUGAAGUUCCUACGGAGUUGCUUAGCACAUUCCGUCAGCAGCUGCACUUGAUGUUCAAGCUCAAACCUUUCUGUAUCGACACUGUACAGCAUGAUGACCCGUCCUAUCCGCUGGAGUUGAUGCUGCAGCCGCUGAGAAAACGCUUCCGCUAUCACUUCCACAGCAAACGCCAGACCAAUGACAUCAAGAAGCCGGAGUGGUAUUUGACUCAAAUCCGCUCAUGGAUUACCGCUCAUGCUUCAUUCCUGAAGGGUACCAUCCAGCCACUGUUUAGUGAGUGCUGUGGAAAUCCUGUUCCCGUCGAGAGACUGUUUGUGCGUGCAAUGAUAUCCCUGGUCACCACCAAGCUAGCCAAGGACAGCGAGCAACUCCUCGCCGAGCCGUCUCUUCUCUCGCACACCAUCGAUGAACUGUUGUCGUUCAUCUCCGACCUGGGCACCAUCUCCCCGACCACUGCCACGGAGAAGCAAGCGUUGCUCGUGAUGCUGGAACAGAAGGAUCUACUCACUGCCUGGCUGUCUAUAGAAGAGAUGUUGAUCAUGGAGCAUGUGGAGAAAUCGCUAUCCUCACCCACUGCUUGGCAGGCACACUAUCGCGAGGUGGAAGAUAUUGAUGAUACGCGUGCACCGGAGUGUGCUGAGGUAGUCAUGACCUAUGCACAUGCCGUCACAGAUCGCUACAAGCUGCUGCCGUCGCUGGAGCCUCGCUUGCUCUUCUGCCGCUUGCAAGUGCAGUCGGUUGAGGUGUUUUCCCAGAGCAUUGUCAAACGCAUGGAGGCAGAGCUAGGUGACUGUACGGGAAUGAUGUUUGCCUCGCUGCUCUGUGCUGUCCAGUAUGUAGCGGAUGUGUUGUCCGAGUGGUCAGAACAGCCGUUUUUCCUAUCACUGGAGGAGCGUCUCCAGGAGGAGAGUGCAGCUGACACUGAAUUGUCUUCGUCAAAGUCAUCUCCAUUGCACACAUCCGCCCUACCUGCAGCCAUGUUCUUUGCAUCGCGCUUUGCUUCGCUGUCUCUCUCUGGUAGUAGUAGCAAGGAUCAGCAGCAGCAGCAGCAGCAACAGCAACAGUCAAGAUCUGUGUUCUCCCAUCUCAUCAUCAAGCUGAACUCGAUCAAGCAGAAAAUGAUGGAGAACAUGGUGGAAGCCAUCUUGAGCGAGUUCCGCCUGACCAGCAAACCGUUUGUGCAGCAGAAGUGGGUUGCGUUUCCGCCGCCGCAAGACGUGGUCGUACCGGAGGUGUCCGACGCGGCGUGUGAUCUGCUGGUGUCAUUGCGCCAUCACCUACGCUUGGCUGAGAAGCGCUUGCCGCUGGCUCUGUUCACGCCGGUUUGGAUCAACCUAGCUAAACAGCUGGACGUGUUUGUCUUUGACAAGGUCAUCCUAUGUGUCACAUUGACGGAGGGUGGUGCUAGUCAGCUCCACUUUGAUCUGAUGCGUAAUCUUGUGACACUGUUCAGUAUAUGCACUGCACGUCCAGAGCGUUAUUUCCCGCUGGUUCGUGAGGCGUGCUAUCUGCUCACGCUACGGCCGGGCUCUGCCGCUCUGCUGCGUGAUGAGCUCCUAGCGGCGAACAAGGAGAACAGCAGCAUGGCCAGGCUGGAGGGAAGUGCUACUCAGUCGGCUGAGAAAGAACUGAGCAAGAUGGACGUCAAGAAUCUCAAUUGCAGACAGGUGGCUGAUGUUCUUGCGCGCCGAGUUGACUGGCCCCAGACCUAGCUUGUAGUCCAUAGGGACAAGUGUGUGUUACACCGCUAUGAGGUGUGCUUCGCCAUGACGGCGUUCUCCUGCCGCGUUGCACGCUUCAGCUCCUUCAACUUGGCACGAUGGUGUUGGGGAUGGUGCAUGUGGGUGUCGUGAGUCCAAGUUAUUCGUCAGUACGGAUGACGGUGAACUUCAGCUGUAGACUUGCCAAUCUGGCAUGGCCGGUACAGGCUGGUGGUGCGGUAUGACCUCACUACUGUAGCAUGGACUGAACACGGGAUUGGCUAUGCUCCAGAUCAGUUGUACAUGUAAGUGCAAUCUGAGUAUGGGUUUCCAAAUCUAAUUCACGGUGGUGGCAGAGUUAUCCUGCGUGCAGGUUUGCCCUGUGAUACGUUUCCAGUUCUGUGUAUUGAAGUUGACUGGUUAUCUCCUGCAAUCUAGUCGAGAGGCAUUGUGCAAAGUCUGACUUUGCCCCCGGCGUAGACUACAGACAUGCGUUUGCUGUGCUCGCGUAUGCUCUGUUUUGCGUUGUCUGGUACAUGUAUGCCGUGAUAUGUGUUGCUAUGCUGUGCUAUGCUCUGCUGUAAUAAUUAUGCUGUGCUGUGAUAUGCUAUGCUGCAAUAUGCUAUGCAGUGCUGUAUUGUGCUAUGCUAUGCAUUGCUGUUAUCGGCGUAUGCUGUACAUACUCAUAGCGCCUAUCCUAUCCAUGUCCCAGCCCAGCCCAGGUGAUGGCCGGACUGUUUGUUUCUUCAAGUGCAUGUACAUGUAUAAUUUCUUGAAUGGGACAAUCACCCAUAGAGACAUGUAUGGCCAUGUACUCAUAAUGCUGAUUGCCCCAGUGCUGGGAGCUUGACUGCGACGCAACAGCUGUCUAACUAUGCUAAGGACUUGAAUUUCCGUUGGCUGCCCCCGUCAGCACAGGCAUGACCGCAUUGCGUUGCUGUGCCACGCGUUUGAAUGCUGCGCAGUACGGCGAAUGUUAUUUUAGCACACGGGCAUGUCUGUUGAUAUGCUCUCGCGGGGAUGCUCGUCGCAUUGAUUAUUUGAAAUUUUCAGAACAAUUUUAUCACUAGUACUUAUUUGACUUACCUUGCCCAAUUACGGAUUUAUAGUAGCUUUCGCUGUUUGUAUGCUACUCCCCCCCCCCCCCCCCCCCCCCGGCUUUUGGUGCAUCGCUCCAUUCUAAUGGCUUCAUGGUAAAGAUAUCCGUGCCUGCAUGCAUGUGGUUUUAGCAAUGGCUGUUGCUUUCUUUGCCGGUUUCACAAUGCCACUAGUCGAAGUAGUCUAGUGUGGGCAAUGUGCUCUUCAUUCUGGCCUGCGAUCGCAUUUCACUACCGUCUAUGCCCCAGAUCCUCCAACACGAUUACGUUGCAUACGUUCUCUUUUUGCUUCUGUGACUUGCUUGCUUUCUGUUGCAUUUCCCACUAUUUUCUAAGUGCUAUUUUCUUGCUAUUUCCAACAUAUCCCAAAAUUUAAAAUGCAUGUGGUUUUUGAAUAUCUAUGAUCUCGGUUGUCUUUCUACCACUGGUGGUAAACAUGUGCGUAAAGUGUUGUUUGCAAGAAUA